AUGGCUCCUCUCAUCCUCCACAACGUCCCCGACGACGAGUGCUACAUUGGCGACGAUGGCAUCAAGCGGCCAUACGCCAUGUAUUUCAACCAACAAGAUGGCCCUCAGGGAAGCACUCGUUCUCGUCGCACCGUCGCCGAGUCUGGCUCGUUUGGUAAAUCUACUCGUCGUUCCCGAUCACGAACAGGGACACCCGCCCGAAGCCGCGAGAAUCCCACCCUCGCCGCCGCAGACAAGCUCUUUGGCGACUGGGUUAACAACCAGGCCGCUGCCGCUCCCGCGCCUGCCGUCCAGCGUAAGAACAGCGGCAUGAUGCAGGAGGAGGCAGCCGCCCAGCGACCCGUCACGUCUACCCCCGUCGAGGUUAUCCUCCGCGGUUACCGAUCGUCCACCCAGCAGUACGCUGCCAUCUCGCGAUACGAAGGGCUGGCUGGUACCAUCCUCGAAGAUUACCCCCGCGAGCCUCCUGCGACUCAGCGCCGGUACAAGUCUGAGCUUCGAGACCCUGCCUUCACGCGACGCCGGACCUUGACCGCAGACGAGCGAGCGCUGGUGAACCGGGCAGAUGGUGGAGAGCACUGGGUCAAGGUCACAUUCGGAAGCAGCGAGGCUGGCGAGACGGCCAUCUAUGCCAGCCCUCAGAGGAUACUGGGACACUUGGUGUAUGCUGAGCCUUACCGAGGACACCCCCCUGCCAAGGACGAAGCUUGCCCCGAUGUUGACAACGUUGUCCCCGACCAUUCGCGAUCUCAGAGCAUGCCCGCUCCCACUCCUAGGACCAAGAGCUUUAGCGGAAUGCCUACUUCGUUCAACAGCCGUCUCCUCGACCUUUCUCCUCCUCACUCGCAAACAUCAAGCCUCACCAUGGACACGGGAACCAUCAGCCAGUCGACCGCAACCGUUACCGAACCGCUACCCCAAAGCACCACCACAGGCAUCGAGCCAAUCGAGAUCCAAGAUGAAGAUAGUGUCUUCUGUCGUCGCAUCCCUACCGCCCGCCGUGCCACCCUUCUCCCCGCUGAGCAGGCACUUCUUCCACAGCAGACGGUCAUGCAGCGGUUGGUCAAUGCCAUCCCCUUUGUCAAGUGGUUCGGUGGCAGCAUGAUUGGUAACGAGGUUCCCCGUACCGAGACAGGCGAAUUCGACUGGACUCGCGCGAGUUUGUACUGGAAGCUCAUCUGGUGGCUGGAUGCCACGUUUGGACUGUUCAGUGGUGAUGUGCUCAAUGCCGACAAGGAUGACUAG